CGGCACUCACUCACUCACUCACUCACUCACACACACACUCACAACAGAAAGUUUUGGAGUCCAGGCGAGCAGCGGGACACCGGCGGAUAGGAAGUGACGGCACUGCGUGGAUUGAGAAGAGAAAAGAGAGAGAGAGACAGAGAGAGACGGGAAUAUAAGCACAAAGCUGAAUUAGAAGCAACGUGCGAUCGUCGGAACGUCGGCUGCGGUGCUAAGUGGAGGAAAGGAGGGGGAGGGCGAGGAGGAGGAGGCGGCGGCGCAGAGAGAGAGAGAGAGAGAGAGGGAGAGGGGGGGGGAGUUGAAAUGCGCAUGAUCUUCUAACGACGCCGGAGCGAGAGACUUUUUUUUUUUUUUUUUAAUUUAGUGGAAGUGAACUCACGUUGCGCUCCCGCAAAGUGAAAAGCAGAGAUUUGAGACGAGAUUCCCAUGCCCGUGCUCGCGAGUCUGGAAGGCGCCCGGCACACCGGGGACCGUAUGGAGGCGCGACCUACAAACUAGGACCCCCCCCCCUCCGCCGCACUUUGAACAUGAAGGAAAAAGACUUACGUACGUAAAAAGAAAAAAAUAAACUUAAAAAAAAAAAAACCCAGAUCUUAAGUAAGGGGAUAUGAACGCGGACCUCUGGGAUUUCGCCUCGUUUUUUCCCCCCUCCACCGCUGCCGCGUUCACUUUCGCGUCUUCGGGGAUGUUUGCGCGUCGCGUCUCUGCGGCUUCGGUCCGGACGCUCACGCGCCUCUGCGCGCUGGCGCUGGUCGUCGCGCUCGCGCUCGGUUCGGAGCUGCGGGUUCGAGUCCGGCUCGCGGACGGACUGGUGACGGAGGAGGUCCUGGAGGCGGACAGCGACAGGGACUUGAUAUCGGUCGAGUUCAAGCAGGGAGACGGGACGCUGAUCACGUUCGUGGCGGACUUCAAGCAGGAUGUGAAGAUAUUCCGAGCGCUGGUCCUGGGCGAGCUGGAAAGGGGGCAGAGCCAGUACCAGGCCCUGUGCUUCAUCUCUCGCCUGGGCCGCAAUGAGAUCAUCCCCAGCGAGUCCAUGGCCCGUCUCAGACAGAAAAACCCUCAGGCCAUCCGCUUGGCAGAGGAGCGGCGAGGGUUGGAGCAGCUGGAGAUGAGCGCCGCGGUCAACAUCAGUCAGGCCUCUCAGCUCAGCUCCCACAUUCACAACAUGUGCAGCGAGGCCGGGGAGGCCAUCUACACCAGGGAGUCCGAUGUCAGGCACUGGCUGGACAAAGGAGUGGAUGGCUCCAUAUUCGAGGUCCUGCCCCAAACGACAGGGGCGCCCAGCUUUCAGGCCUGUCACUCUACUAAAGACUUGUGGCAGGCCUGUCUGUGUACGUACAGCCUGCGGCUGGAGUGGUACCCGUGUCUGCUGAAGUACUGCCGCAGCCGGGACACCACCGGGAAAAGCUCGACCUACAAGUGUGGCAUAAAGAGCUGCAGCAAGGGCUACCAUUUCACUUACUAUGUUCCCCAAAAACAGUUGUGUCUAUGGGACGAAGAGACCUAGCGUUCAGUUCCGGAUGGUUUCCUCCCGGCACAAACUGCUCCGAUUUGAAACUCUUGUUUUUUGUGACGUGAAGUUAAAACUUUCUCAGGUGGGGAGAUCCAGAUGCUCAAGCUGACACAGAAACAAUUUCAAUUUCCAAUUGAGACCGAAACCUUUUGAGGAAGGAGAGGUGCAGCGCGUUGUUCCGGGAGGACCCACUGACUUUAAGCCUUUUCUGGAAACGAUACAUAUCGUGGUGAACUAUAAUGUGAUUUUGCAAAGAAGCUGUCACUUUUGUGCCUUUUUUUUUUUUUUUGGUUGAAGAAAAAAAAUUGGAGCAGAUUACAGAUGUCAACAACCAGAACCUCCCAACCAAGCUACGUUAUGCACAAGGAUGGACGGUGCAUUUCUGGUCAAUUAAACCCCAGCAAAGGGAUUACAGAGUCCCACUGUGAUCACAGGAGUCGUGCUGGACAAACAGAAAUGACCAUCCUGGUGAAGGAACACAUUCGAUGGGGGGAGUUUUCUUUCCUAUGAAGCUCUGUGAAAAACCAUGUGUAGCCAGUUUGUUUGUAACCAUGUCCGCUGGUAGAUAAAAAAAAAAAAGAGAGAAAUGCUUCUUUAAUGCUGGCUUUAUUUAUUUUGGUUGCAAAGUGAAAUUAUUGAGGACUAUUUUUGUAUCUUUUUGCAUUAAAUAAGCUCUUACAGUCAAAACCACAGGCCCUCAGUAACACAUUUCAGAACAUUUAAACCUCUCAGAGUUUGGAGGUAGAUUCUAAACUUGUCCUCAUGGCAUUGUUAGUUGAUAUGUUAAUUAUAGUUCUGCUUUUCCCCAUCAAUACCACACAUGCCCACCGCUUUCAUUCUAGUUCCGUUUCAUAAGUGCCAAAUAAGCCAAAGUCAGAGGCAUUAAUGUCAAAAGAAGGGUCCAGCGGUUCAGUGUCUUGAGCCUGACUCUCCUCUGUGGUGGUUUUCACUAAAACUUCAGCAUGGCCUGUUUAACAACACACACUGCCAUCUUCUGGUUAAACCGUUUUUCAGUUUACUAAAUGUUUUUACUUUUUAGUUUUGCCUGUUCAUCUCAGCAGUUAAAAGGGCUAUAAUUGAUACGGCUCAAAUCCCUAAUAUUAUUUCAUGUAUAGUUCAAGAAGCAUUUCUACAACUUGUGGGACCAAAUUUAUUUGUUGUCAGUUAUUAAGAGAAGUAGAAUAAUGUAAAUAUAUAUAUAUAUAUAUAUUAUAUAUAUAUUUCUUCUUAUCUCUAUACUGCAAUAUCUAAACAUUGUUUUGUGAGUUAGUAUGUCAUGCUAACUAAAGAACCAAAUGAGUGGAAUAUUUCUAUUUGUGACCUUUACUGGUGAUAAAGUGCCUUAACAUUUCUGCUGAUAUCUUUGCUUUGUUAUUGUAGAUUAAGUUUGUAAACAUAUUUUUUUUCUGUGAAAGAGUUUAAUAUGUUGUAAAAAGCUUGAUAAAAUUAAGCAGUUAAUUAGGUAAUGUACCAUAUAAGAUUUUUACAUAAAUUUAAAUAAAGUCUUUCUUUGCACUACA